UAGCAGAAGCUGGAACCAAAGACCGUUUCUUCGGAGAGAACAGUCCUGACAAUUAGACUACUGCUGCACGUGCGCUACACGACAUUUCCCGGUUCUUCAUGGACAUUUUAUUUUAGCGCUUAAUUUAAAUCAAGCUGAAAAUGAAAAGCGCUGUGUUGUGGAGGACAUACAGAAGAUUAAAGGUCAAAAGUGCUGAUUAUAAAAAUAAAUUUCCACUCUAUCAGUUGACCAAUCAAUCUGACAUGCGUGAAGCACGUGAUCUUCUGCACUCAACUUCCUUAUAUCGUCAGCGUAAUGUUUGUUUACACUAAACUAGAGCACGUUAUGCAUUAACUGGCAUCUGCAGCGAUGUGAAUGUUUCUGGCAGCAGUCAGAUUUAUCUCUCGCCCUGGAUGCAGCAGGGUAUACAAUGAAAUCCCUUCCAUGGAUCCAUUGCACCCUUGGCCUGCUGCUUCUCUGUACUGCUGAUGCAGACAGUGGUAGAAAACCUAAUUUUGUCUUUAUGAUGGUGGACGAUUUAGGAAUUGGAGACCUUGGAUGCUACGGAAACACAACACUGAGGACGCCUAACAUUGAUAGACUGGCCCUGGAUGGGGUGAAACUGACCCAUCACAUAGCUGCUGCACCGCUCUGCACUCCCAGCAGGGCGGCCUUCCUCACAGGCAGAUACCCGAUUCGGUCAGGUAUGGCAGCACAUGGGCGUAUGGGAGUUUUUCUCUUUUCUGCUUCGUCAGGAGGCCUUCCACAAGAAGAAAUCACCUUUGCCAAGGCUGUCAAAGUGCAAGGCUAUUCUACUGCUGUAAUUGGGAAAUGGCACUUGGGUCUCAACUGUGAAGAUAGUGCCGACCACUGCCAUCAUCCUACCUCUCAUGGCUUUGACUACUUCUACGGGACCAUUAUGACGCACCUUCGGGACUGCCAGCCUGGACAUGGCUCUGUCCUAUAUUUUGUCCAUGGCUACAUCCCAUACAAGGCCCUUAGUAUUGGUCUAGUUUCCCUGGCAUUACUCCAUAUUAAAGGGAUGAUAACUGUAACCAGGAGGGUAGUUUUUGGUUUUCUGGUCCUGGUAGGAGUAGUGGUGAGUCUCUUUGGUGUGUUGGUGUACACAUUCCCCAAUCUAAAUUGCUUUGUCAUGAGAGGGACGGAGAUUGUGGAGCAACCAUAUACAUCAGAAAACCUCACACAAAGGAUGACCAGUGAAGCCAUAGAGUUUCUGGAAAGGAAUUCAGAGAGGCCAUUCUUGCUCUUCUUCUCAUUCCUCCAAGUCCAUACUGGACUGUUUGCCUCUCCUCUCUUCAGGGGAAGAAGUCAGCAUGGCCUCUAUGGUGAUGCUGUCAUGGAGGUAGACUGGAGUGUAGGUCAGAUAAUGCAGACUUUGGAGCGCUUAAACUUGAAGGAAAACACACUGGUGUACAUGACUUCAGAUCAGGGGCCUCACCUGGAAGAGAUUUCCAUCCACGGAGAGAUGCAUGGGGGUUAUAGCGGCAUAUACAAAGCUGGCAAGUCAACUAACUGGGAAGGUGGGAUUCGGAUACCGGGGAUUCUUCGUUGGCCAGGUGUCUUACCUGCCGGGAAGGUCAUUGAUGAGCCCACUAGCAACAUGGAUAUUUUCCCCACGGUGCUGAAUUUAGCUGGUGCUUCCAUACCCAGCGACAGAGUCAUUGACGGUCAUGAUCUCUUGCCUCUGUUGCAAGGGCAAGUGGAGCGUUCUGAACAUGAAUUUAUGUUUCAUUACUGCAAUGCCCAGCUGAAUGCCGUCAGAUGGCACCCACCGAACAGUAACGCAAUCUGGAAGGCCUUUUUCUUUACCCCUGACUUCUACCCAGAGAACAGCUCAACCUGCUUUCACACUCAUAUCUGCCUCUGCAUCAAGCCAUACGUCACGUUCCAUGAUCCUCCGCUGCUUUAUGACCUGUCGAAAGACCCGACAGAAAGCACCCCCCUGAGUCCAGACACUGAGCCCCAGUUCUACUCAGUUCUGGAGGUCAUAAGGGCAGCAGCAAGCCGUCAUGCAGAGAGUCUGAAGCCUGUCCCAGUACAGGUUUCACUUCAGCAAAUAGCAUGGAAGCCUUGGCUCCAGCCCUGCUGCUCCUCUCUCAGUCAGCUGUGCACGUGUGAACGAGAUCAUCAGAUAGAGAAGCUACGAAAUGAGCUUCGAAAAGAAUAGUCAGGUACUCAGAAUCCUAUGGCUUUAAUGCACAAGAAGGGCAUGUAAUACUUAAAAGGAUAGUUCAUAUCAAAAAAUAUAAAUAAAUAAAAUAAAAUCA